AUGGACGGAAAUAAAAAUCGUCCAGUGAUAGUUAUUCAUCAUAUACAAGGUGAAAAACCAAUGUUUAAAAAUCAAGUUAAAAUUAAACUCGGAUGGAUUAUCUUUGGACCACCAAAAAGUUUCAAUUUUAGUAUUCAAUAUCCAUUGGUAUUUAAAAGCAGAAAAUAUCAGCCUUUUAGAGAAAAAGAUCAUCCUAUAAUAAGCAAAUUUGGUAUGUUUGGCACUUGCGUCUUAGAAGCAACUGAUAUUACUCCUCACGUAGAAAAUAGUCCCCAAGUAGAAAUUGGUUUUAAUGUAGAAAAUAGUCCUCAAGUAGAAAAUAAUUCAGAUAUGGAAAUAGUUACUUACGAUCAAAUAAAGUAUGACCCAAAAAGUUCACCAUUUGCCAUUGGCAAUUACCUUACACGUUGUCAAGAGCCUGUACACCAAGAGUCUGCAUAUUUUGUUUAUGAUAUUAAAGCUAAAAAGAAAGUCACCGACGAAAAUGUUUUGAAAAGAUUGUCAUUAUAUAGUUGCAGUAAAGAAAUUAAAACUUCUAAUAAAAAUUUAACACUGGUGAAUCAAAUCUUCGAUCAUUAUGAUUGUAAGGAUUGUCAACCUCUCGGAUUUGUUAAUAUUAUUUCUGAUAAAAUUUUUUAUGGAUCAUUAAAUUCAGAGAACUUAAAUAUAGUUAAAAGUGAUGGAUCAAUUGUUUAUCUUUCUAUUCCUCUGAAAUCUAUUGCUGAAAGACAAUAG